AAAAAAAAAUGUAUAAAUUUCAGUUUCAUUUUCUUUCUUUUUUCUUUUCUUUUUUUUUCCUUUAUUUUAAUAAAAUAUCCAUGUAUAGCUGUCCAGAUUACUCAGAAUAUUCUAAAAUAUUUCAUGAACCGGGAAGUAAUGGCCCAUUCAAUUUACCUUUUCAACGUCCUAUUGAAGCAUGUAGGAAGUUUACCAGUUCAAUCAUAGAAUCAGUUAUUAGCAAUAUAACAUCAAAAAUGGUUAAUCUCGAUUUGGCCCGUUUAUUUACAAAUGCUUUCCCGAAUACAUUGGAUACAACUAUCUCAAAGACAGUAUGUGUACUAAAGGAAUCAAGCAAUAGUGAGUGUCAUCAGCCUCUUUCAUAUAUUAUUACGGGAGAUAUUAAUGCUAUGUGGCUACGAGAUUCAGCAAAUCAGUUAUUACCUUAUAUAAAGUAUAUUAAACAAGAUUAUAACCUUAAACAACUCUUCUUGGGCCUUAUUUAUAUGCAAGCUCAAUUUAUCAAUAUCGAUCCAUAUUCAAAUGCUUUCAAAGAGCCUAACAACAUGGAAGCAGUUGCAAAGUCUAUUGCUUCUGCUUUUAGUAAAAGAGAAGUUGUAUUAUUAGAUGGAGUUUUUGAAAACAAAUGGGAAAUCGAUUCAUUAGCGUCAUUCAUGAGUUUAUCAUAUCAAUAUUGGGAUCAAUCAGGUGAUGACUCAUUUGUUAACAAUACUAUUUGGAUGAAUGCAAUAGAGUCUAUCAUAAAAACAAUUAAACAUCAGCAAGAGCCUACAUUUGAUUUAUCUACAGGUGAAGUAUUAGAUACAGAUUAUACCUUUUCACAAAAAACGGAUAGAGCUACUGAAACGCAAUUCCUUAAUGGACGUGGACAACCUGUAAAGUAUACUGGAAUGGUUAAAAGUUUAUUUAGACCAUCUGAUGAUGCCACUGUGUUUCCAUUUUUUAUACCCGGGAAUGCUAUGCUCUCUGUAGAAUUAAAUCAUAUCACACAAUUACUAUCUAAAUCAUCUGCAAAUCAAGUUUCCAAGAUACAACGUUUAGCUUCUGAGGCACUGCAACUGUCAAAGGAAAUUAAAGAAUCUGUUUAUAAAUAUGGUGUCGUGAAUCAUUCAAUCUAUGGGAAUAUAUUUGCGUAUGAGGUGGAUGGGUAUGGCUCCUCUCUUAUUAUGGAUGAUGCAAAUAUACCCUCACUUUUAUCACUUAGUUUGAUUGGAUUCGUGGAUUCAAAUGAUAAAAUAUAUCAAAAUACAAGAAAGUUGGUAUUAUCUCAUGAUAACCCUUAUUAUUUCUCAGGUCCUCGUGGUUCGGGUAUUGGUGGUCCUCAUGUUGGAUUAAAAUAUGCUUGGCCAAUGUCACAAAUUGUUCGAAUCCUUACCUCUUCUGUUGAUGAAGAGAUAAAACAAGCUUUAGAUACAAUCGUGUCUUCAACAGAUAAUACAGGAUUAAUACAUGAAUCAUUCAAUGUGUAUCAACAAGCAGGAGGGGAUAAUAAUCGUGGAUAUACUCGAUCUUGGUUUGCUUGGGCAAAUGGUUUAUUUGGCCAAGCCAUACUUAAGAUUAUGGAUGAAAGACCUCAUCUUUUAACCAUAAAGAAAUGAAUAAAU